CCCGCCCACGCCCAGCGAGGCAGCAGCAGCAGCAGCACCGUCCCCCCACCGCCGCCGCCGGCUUAGGCCGCGGCCUCCUCUGCGAAGAAGGGGCGGCUCCGUCUCGGUCCCCUAGUCUGGCCGAAAGAAGGGGCUUCGGGCCUGGGAGCUCCGCGCACAAUAGAGCCGGGCAGAGGACGAACCGGUCCGCUUUGCCCGUUGUUUCCCCCCCGCUUCGCCUUCCGCUCCCCCCUAAAGACGUCUCCCGAUCUAUCCUUACGGGUUUCCCUUCCCGCCGCUCCCGUGGCACUUUUCGGUUUGUUUUUUAUUGGGGGGGGGCCUGUCGGUUGCGACUAGCUGAUCCCCCCGCUUACCUUUCCUGUCACCACUGAUCCCCCCGCUUUCUCCUCCCGCUGCUCUGUCACUUACGCCUCCGAUCUGCGCCCCGCUCCUCCACUUCUUCAUGCCAGCCUGCCUUAUUGGCACACCCGGUUAAUUUCUACGCUUUUAGUCACCUUUGUAAUUCGGGACCCUUUUCACACCUUUCUUUUAAGACCCUCCUCGUCCUUCUGUUUCCCCCUCUCAACUCUGCCAUUGCUACUUCCUGUUAUCUCGCAUCCUGCAAGGCAGUGCUGCUUCUUCACUGAAUAAGUUCUGUGUUCCCCUAAGACUUGCUUCCCUUCCCUCCUUUCCUCCCCCCCCCCCACUUUUGCUUUGGCCCCUUUUAGGGGUGAUGCAGCAGCUACUCUAGCAGUUGCCAUAAAGAGGACUGUUGUGGGACACCGUCUGAGACUUUUUAUUCUCUUUCCUGCUCCCCUUCACUGAGGGGGGCAAAGCCCCCCCCCCCUGCACACCAGCUCAGUCAACUAUUGUAGUCCCCUGUGGUGUGGCAAGAGGCAGGAUGACUGAUACCCGGAGAAGGGUGAAGGUUUAUACACUGAAUGAAGAUAGACAGUGGGACGACCGAGGCACUGGACAUGUGUCCUCUGGCUAUGUGGAAAGGCUGAAGGGCAUGUCCCUGCUAGUCAGGGCAGAGAGCGAUGGUUCUCUUCUUCUGGAGUCCAAAAUCAAUCCUAAUACUGCUUACCAGAAGCAACAGGACACACUGAUUGUGUGGUCUGAAGCAGAGAACUAUGAUCUGGCACUUAGCUUUCAAGAAAAAGCUGGAUGUGAUGAAAUAUGGGAAAAAAUAUGUCAGGUUCAAGGGAAAGACCCUUCAGUGGACAUUACUCAGGAUCUGGUGGAUGAAUCUGAAGAGGAACGUUUUGAUGAUAUGUCAUCCCCAGGUCUAGAGUUGCCAUCUUGUGAAUUAAGUCGACUAGAGGAAAUUGCAGAACUUGUGGCGUCUUCGCUGCCUUCUCCAUUGCGGCGAGAAAAACUUGCUCUAGCACUGGAAAAUGAGGGCUACAUUAAAAAGCUCUUAGAAAUUUUUCAUGUGUGUGAGGACUUGGAAAACAUUGAAGGACUACACCAUUUGUAUGAAAUUAUUAAGGGAAUCUUCCUUUUGAAUAGAACUGCACUUUUUGAAGUAAUGUUUUCUGAAGAAUGUAUAAUGGAUGUAAUUGGAUGCCUAGAAUAUGAUCCUUCUUUAUCACAGUCACGGAAACACAGGGAAUUUCUGACAAAAACUGCAAAAUUUAAAGAAGUUAUUCCAAUAUCUGAUCCAGAAUUGAAACAAAAAAUACAUCAGACAUACAGAGUACAGUAUAUUCAAGAUAUGGUUCUACCUACUCCUUCGGUGUUUGAGGAAAACAUGUUAUCAACUCUUCAUUCAUUCAUCUUUUUUAAUAAAGUAGAAAUAGUUGGUAUGUUACAGGAAGAUGAAAAGUUUUUGACAGACCUGUUUGCACAACUUACAGAUGAAGCUACAGAUGAGGAGAAAAGACAAGAAUUGGUAAACUUUCUUAAAGAGUUUUGUGCAUUUUCUCAAACAUUACAACCUCAAAACAGAGAUGCUUUUUUCAAAACAUUGUCUAAUAUGGGCAUUCUUCCAGCACUAGAAGUCAUCCUAGGUAUGGAUGAUGCACAAGUGCGAAGUGCAGCUACUGAUAUAUUCUCAUAUUUGGUUGAAUAUAACCCGUCUAUGGUACGAGAAUUUGUCAUGCAGGAAGCUCAACAGAAUGAUGAUGAUAUUUUACUCAUUAACCUCAUCAUAGAACACAUGAUUUGUGAUACAGAUCCUGAACUUGGAGGAGCAGUCCAACUGAUGGGUCUAUUGCGUACGUUGGUGGAUCCAGAAAAUAUGCUAGCUACUGCCAAUAAAACAGAAAAAACUGAAUUCUUGGGGUUCUUUUACAAACAUUGUAUGCAUGUCCUCACUGCACCACUACUGGCCAAUACUACGGAGGAAAAGCCUAGCAAAGAUGACUUUCAGACAGCCCAGCUAUUGGCCUUGAUAUUAGAGUUACUAACUUUCUGUGUGGAACAUCAUACAUACCAUAUAAAGAACUACAUUAUAAAUAAGGAUAUCCUUCGAAGAGUGCUAGUUCUGAUGUCUUCAAUGCAUGCCUUUUUGGCACUAUGUGCCCUGCGUUUUAAAAGAAAGAUAAUUGGGUUGAAGGAUGAAUUCUACAACCGCUAUAUAAUGAAAAGUUUUUUGUUUGAACCAGUGGUCAAAGCAUUUCUCAGCAAUGGAUCUCGCUAUAAUUUGAUGAAUUCUGCUAUUAUAGAGAUGUUUGAAUUUAUCAGAGUGGAAGACAUAAAAUCCUUAACAGCUCAUGUAAUUGAGAAUUACUGGAAAGCACUAGAAGAUGUAGAUUAUGUGCAGACAUUCAAAGGUUUGAAAUUGCGUUAUGAACAACAAAGGGAAAGACAAGAUAAUCCCAAACUUGACAGCAUGCGUUCCAUCCUGAGAAACCAUAGAUACAGGAGAGAUGCAAGGACCUUGGAGGAUGAGGAAGAGAUGUGGUUUAACACUGAUGAAGAUGAUAUGGAAGAUGGGGAGGCUGUGGUGCCACCUUCUGACAAAAGUAAAAAUGAUGAAGAUAUUAUGGAUCCUAUAAGUAAAUUUAUGGAAAGAAAAAAAUUUAAAGAAAGUGAAGAAAAAGAGGUCCUUCUGAAAACUAAUCUUUCUGGUCGCCAGAGCCCAAGUUUCAAACUUUCUUUCUCAAGUGGUACAAAGGCUAAUCUCACCAGCCAGUCAUCUGCAAGUAAUUUGCCUGGGUCUCCUGGGUCCCCUGGAUCUCCCGGGUCCCCUGGAUCUCCUGGAUCAGUUUCUAAAAGCACAUCUCAGAUGGCAGCUAUAACUACCAAGGGAGGCCUAGUGGGGCUUGUAGAUUAUCCUGAUGAUGAUGACGAGGAUGAUGAAGAAAGCAUACCUUUAUCACAGAAAGCAAAGCUAGAGUCCUCAUAAUGACAGCUCUGAAAUUUAAUAUCGGUUGAGGGAUAAACAAAGUUUCCAGAGGGGGAAAAGUUUAUAAUUAAAAACUAUAAUUUCUAAUGAAUUACUGUGUAUAACACAGAUCAACUUUUAAAACAUGGAUUUCUGCUAGUCAAGUGCCAAUUUGAAGGAGCAGAAGAAGAGGAAAUACUAUGCUUUAUGGAAAAGACAUGCCUUUGACCUCUCCAGCUUGGACCACACAUUGCCCUUUUCUCAGGGAAGGAAACGGAAAAAAAUAUAUAUGUAAAAGCCAACAGGGCAGGAGUUUUGGUAGUGGAACUCUGGAUUGGCUGUUCAGUUUGUUACAAUCAGAAUAUGCUUUCUUGGACCAUGUACAAGACUUUGAAGAAAAUGCUUUUUCUGCCCUAAUUCUUCACUAGCUAAGAAUGCCAGCAGUUUCUUUGUCUAAAGAGACCUGCCUUUGAAACCAUACAUUCUGAACAUUUUAGUCAAGCUACAACAGGUUUUAAAGAAAAACUCAUUGGGGGAGGGCUGAACAUAAGUUUCCUCUUUUCUUUCUUUCUUUCUUUUUUAAAAAAAUAAUCUGUUCCCUUUUGCCCUUUAAACUGCAGAUUUUUGUUUGGAGCUAAGGGAUUUGUCUAUCCCUUGAUUAAAGAUUGAAUGGAAUUCUAGAUGUGGUCACUUUUGUGUCAUAUUUUUAUUUUGCCCCGAGUGUAUGCUUAGUUGUUGAGUAUAUAUUUGGGACCAUUAAAAUUUUUUUGAUGUAAUAUAAUCUCACUGUUGUGCUGGUACCUGUUUCACAUGUGUAAUUCUGUUCUGCAUCACAAUUCUUGAUAUGUUUAGGAUUUUAUGGGAGAUGGUAUAGUUUUUAUUGAAAAAGAGCAAAUGAAUCUUGCCACAAUGUGCAUACAAAAGCAAUACUAUUUUGUGACUAAAUAUUUUAUAUUAAAAUUUACAUCAUCAACUGUCUUGAAACAAUUCAGGGAAAUAGGUUGUUUUUAAAAAAAUAAAAAAUAAAAUAAAGAAACCUAUAAAUAUGAAAUUAGUAUUCCAAAGAGAUUUUGAAAUUUCCUAGCUUGGAACCAUGCUGGUACAUUUAAAUCAAAUUUGAAAUGGUUAUUUAAGAGUACUGACACAUUUGAGUUUUUAAAAUAAAAACAAAUAGAAAUGAAA